AUGGCAUCCAAGAAGAGUGCGAGCAACAAGACGCUAAGCAUGAAGCUGCUGGUGAACUCCAAGACCCAGCGCGUGCUGUACGCUGAGGGUGGCAAGGACGUGGUCGACUUCCUCUUCUCCCUCCUCACCAUGCCGGUGGGCACUGCUGCCAAACUUCUCACCGCGGAUUCCAUGGUCGGAAGCGUCGGCAACCUAUACAGCAGCGUCCAGAAGCUCGACGACACCUACAUCAGCUGUGACGGCGCCAGGAAAGCGCUGCUCACUCCUUUCGGUGGUUGUGGGAGCGAUAAGCUGCUCCAGCUCCAGUUACCCGAGCCGGUGUCGGAGUCUGCUGUCCUUUAUCGAUGCAACAACGGUUCAUCAAAUUGCAGGAACUACGUGACCAAGCCGCUGGUGGAGCCCGCUGAUGGCGCCGUUGGUAGCGGUGUGCCGCGUGCUGCUGGUGCUGGGUUCGUGCAGGGGAUUGUGACGUACACAGUCAUGGAUAACCUGAAGGUGGCGCCCAUGUCGUCCAUCUCUGGCAUCACCCUCCUCAACACCUUUGGCGUCACGGACAUCGGUUCCCUCAAGGAGAAGACCGUGCAGCUCGGGUACACCGAGGGACUGGAGAUACUGAAGGCAUCGCUACAGUCAAAGACAGUUCUCACUGACGUGUUCCUCGGGAAGAAGACGAAGGAGUGA